GCAUUUCUUAUUGUUGUUGGUUGUUUGGAGAGGAUAUUGAUUGCUUUAUGAUUGCUACUCCGUGUAAGGGUAAUAUGCAUCUGCAGGUUGAAGUGGUUUUUGAUGGAUUCAUUUUUUUUAUAAUGCUGGCAGAAACGGUUCAGGCUCCAACCUUGUUUCUUUUCUUUAAAACUGGGACAAAGCGAUUUGGUACUCAUCUAUUCCUAUCUGUUUUCAUGCAGUGGGGAUUUUGCCGGUGUGAAGAUAUAUGUUGGGUCAAAACAAAUAAAAAUAAUGCCACCUGAGGAUUACGCCAUGAUUCACAUACUCUCCUACAGCGCUCGAAGAUGGACCCCCUGGCAAAGUUUGUUUCUUGGAAUCGCCCAACAACUUCGCUACUGUUGUGGUCGGAGCUGGUAUGCGAUGGAAAGAUGGACGACUGGAAGCUGUAAAAGGGUAGAAACGAAGGACAACAGGAGGAGGAGGAAAAAGGAUCCUGAGUGGCGGUGUAAUGUAUAUAACGAAAGUGAGAGAACAGAAACGGUAUGUAAUGAUGGAGUUGGUGAAGGCCCGGUAACGGCAAGAGGCACGCGGAGGGCGUGUGUCGGGUCAUGGAAGACUCCCCAAAGGAGUGGGGGCUUGUGAUGGGCCAUUGGGCUAAUUGAAAGGCCCAACCCAAAGGUGCCACUGCGGUCUGCAAUCUAGGUGGCCUGUGGAGAGUUGGGAACGCCGAUUGAGGAUCCGCUGUAAUUGGGCCGGGUUGCCACGAUACGCGUCCAAAACAGUUGCACAACCAGAGAGGUUGGAUCAACGGUUAGGGUGCGGUAGCAGGUAAGGUUGUGGUUUCUAUGGAUCCGGUUGAGAAUCAUGCGUGAUCUAGUUACUUUAUUUAUCACCUACCUUAAAUAUAUUAUACUUUAUUUU